GUGAUGUAUGUAGAUAUUUUUAACUGUCGAAACGAUAAAAAUAUGGGACGACGUGAGGUGCUAUAGAUAGAGCAUUUAAAACAAACUCCAGAUAUUUUCCGUCGGUCAAGGUCUUUGGGCUUUGCGCAACAAGGCGGAUGACUGCCAGAGUGAGUUUCGGUUCUGCGAGGAGUUGACGAUAAAUUAGGACCGAUACAUCCUCUCGUUUGGCACAGAUUUAACGCAUUGAUUUGGUGGCGUUUACUUUUGAUCGCCAACGUCGUAUAUCUCGCGCCCGUUUUCGUAAGUGUUGACCUUUGAUAUUUUACAUUACUUAAUACUCUCGUCAUCCAGUAAUUAUGCACACAUUGCAAUUAGGUAAAUGUUAAUCACAAUCAGACAAGAGGUACGAAGUUUUUUGGAAAUUGAUUAUCACGGAAAUAUGAUUUUAAUUUUGUGUAAAAGAUAUACGAAGUGUAUCUAAUUAAAAAGAGUAAUCCCUUUUUAUAGAUUAUUUGAUUAAAAUAUUUAGGUUGCGUUCCGUUUCACGCAUGGUGCGCAUGAUUUAUCCUUGUUUAACAUUUGAUAAACAACAAGGAUAACAUGAUACAUCAUGCGCAUCAUGCGUGAAACGGAACGCUGCUUUAUUGAUCUUUGAUAGGCUACAAUUCAUAUCUUUAACAAAAUAAUUAAAAUUUAUGAAUUUAAUUUAUAGUAUGGACGCGUUUAUUUGGAUCAUUGCCCUUUUAAUCACACUUCUUUAAAAUUUAUAAAUUUAAAUCCAUAACAUUAUCAAAAUAUUGACAAAUAAUUUAGAUAGCCUAGCGACCGAGGGAAACAUUUAAAUGAACGUAUUCGGCAUAUUUUAUAAAUUUUAUAUUUUCUUAGAAUACCGAUGGAUUUUUUAAAGAUUUUAUUUUUUCUUAAUAUAUUUAUGAAUAUUUAUCAUAUAUAUAGUGCGCAUCAUUGCUCUUUUAAUCACACUUUAAAAUUUAUAAAUUUAAAUUCAUAAUAUUAUCAAAAUAUUGACUAAUUUAGAUAGCCUAGCGAUCGAGGGAACUUAAAUGAACCUAUUCGGCAUAUUUUAUAAAUUUUAUAUUUUUUUAGAAUAUACAUGGAUUUUUUUAAAGAUUUUAUUUUUUGUAAAUAUAUUUAUGGGUAUUUAUCAUAUAUAUAGUGCGCACUAUUGUUUCGUACGUUAUCAGGAAUUGCGACACAUGUCGGUCACUGACCAGCCGCCGAAAGCGUCAGCUAUUUUAGAUCCCUCUUCCGAGAGACCACGCAUCUUGGCACCGAUUCUCUAAAUAGUGGCUGCAAAAUAUAAAAUAAACUAAAUUCCAGUAACGCGAUCUGCCUAUAUUAUAUAACAUUGCUCCGUUCCAAAUCGCGGUUUAGAAACUUGCCUAUAAAUUGCGAACUGCAAUUUUAAUUGCUAAACGUUAUAAACAUCAAGACAAUAACAGGAUGUCGUUCGCAUAGAUUAAAAAUUUUCCAUUUACUUUAUACAUUAGGACAUAUUUAUGACAAGCCCUAUGGAAUUUAACCGUGUGGACGCAUAAAGAUGGAAACAAUCUCUUCAGUCUUGACAGUCGAGCGAAUGGAGUUCUUCCAGAGAUAGAGCCAAAGUGUUAUCUCAAGAUUAGUAAUGGACUAAACGCGCGGUAGUCUUUUUCAUGUUUGUUUUGUCAUAAGUGCGUUCAUAUUGUUACCGAAGGUUCACUCCUUGGCGCGCUACGUCAUUCUAAUGGAAAAUUUUAUAUCUUGCGGCCUGCCGCGUAGACGGGACCGGUUAGUAUCGCUUAUCUCGUGGACCAUAUGUUAUGUUCUAAUAAAUAUGUGAUAAAUUGACGCGGACCAUAACUUUUACGCUGUCAAUGCAGCAGAAGUAUCUCGUACACAAAUUUUUCAAGGCUUGCAAAAAGAUAUUGACCAACCAAAACGCAAUGGAAUAGCAAAAUUCCAUUGCGCCGUAAUCUAAUCAGCAUAUUUGUUCUCAAAAUUAUCAUAUUCAGCGUGAUCGCGCUAAUUCGUUUAGCGAUCUCCAAUUCUUAUCGUUAUAUUUCAACGUGACUGAACGAUAAAAUCAAUUCGUCGCUCAUGAAAUUAUUUAGAUGUACCUGAUGACCUUAAGAAUUCAAAUUGUUAAAAAAAAAAGGAAAGAGAAACUGCAUCUCUUAGAGAUCAAGGUGUCGGUUGCAAGGCUUACUCGUUCUAUCGCGUUAUUUAUCAAGUAGCUCGAAGACUCGCGUAUCAGCCCUUCAAGGUGAGAUUUAUGAUUGCGAAGAGAGCUCUUUUGCGAUAUUUUGCACGGUUCUUCUCAAUAGAGAAACUGCCAGCGGCUGAUAAGCGGGCCUAGAGCAAAUAUACUAAUUGCGACGGGUAUUACUUUAAUUGAUGAAACCGUUUAUGAUGGCAAUUCCGCGAAGCUUCGCGAUUAACCGAUCAUGGUACAUAUCUGUGUUUCGUCAGGGAUUCGCAGAUUUCGCAACGCAGGAGACAGUACUACGCAAUUAUAUGUAAGAGAAUGAGUCGCCAUGUAGAGACACGUCCGUUCUUGAUUAAUUCUAACAAUAAGUCAUGAACCGAUAUUUAGUAUUUCUGUAAAGAGAACGUUUUUUCUGAGACAUUGCGUUAAAAUGAAGAGAAGAGAUUUCUGUUUUACUCGAGCAGCUGUUGCGACCUUCGUACAAAGUAACAAUUAAGUAACAUUUAAAAAGAAAAGAAAUAAAUAUUCUGUUUCCGGUUUCGAAUAUACGUAUGCAUACGUUAUUACGUGUUCAUGGCUGCACAACGGUUUAAGGUCAACCCACGCAUAUAAAAUAUCGCACUUACGACCUCGUUUCUGUUUCUAAACCGCGUGCUGGCGCGUGUCAUCCGUUUUCGUUAGAGCCGUGUCGGUAGAUACGGUUUGAUACGCGUGAAUUUUUCAAUACACCAUAUAGCGUACACGCGCCUUAUCUCGCUCCUUACCACACCUCUUAUAUCGCUUUCCUGAUCGUUCGGUUUUAGUUGCGGUUUGUGCAUAUGCAUGUGCGCGGAGGCCUUGGGUGCCUCGAAUGCACUCUUACUUUCAAAUAAGGAACCAAACGAAAACCUUCGUGCUAAAGUCGAGGACGCGCGUCAAUAGCGAGGUCGGAUUUCCAUCGACGUUAUUUUAAACUAUGUCGCAACGUAUCUUUCGUCAUUAAUCUGUGGAGUUCACAUUUAUAUUAUAUUAAAUAUGCCACGUCGAGAUUGCAUCGCUUGAGUUUAACAUUCCAAAGAAAAAAAAAAAAUCCCUGUCGCGAGUACAUGUGAGUACUUUCGAGUCAGAAAAAAAUUCCGCUUCUUUUCUGGACUUAUUACAGCGUCUGCGAAGUUCGACCUUUGAUGCGAAAGCGAGUGCACUGACCGGUAAUACAUCAAUGCUUUGCACGUUUCGGCCACGCCAUUGAAGUCUUUUAUGCUAACAAAAUGACAAUAUCCACGCAAGUUAUUCCGACUUGUUAAUCUUUAAUUGCAGCCACGAGAGAAAGUGUAAGACCGUCGCAAUCAUACGCGGCGCGACGCUCAUAUAUGCGCUUUGAUGCGACUUUGAUGCGCUUUAAUUCGCUCGAUUGCGAUCUUUCUUCGACCGCCAAGGUCAUAUUUUUAACUUUCUCGUACGACUUUUUAAAUUUGUGAAUUUUUUUCUUAGCACCCUUUACUCGAGAUUACCCCGAGCUGUAUUCAAUUUUCUAAUUACGUGGAAUAUUAUAAUCAUAUUCUUCACUCACAUUCUUUCAAGUGACAUUUUUAACAAUUCGGAGCUAAAUUUUAUCGCUAUGUUAUGACAAGGUUUUCUUUAUCACUCUGUCUCUUCCUCUUUCGUAAACUCAAGUGACUUAUUACCGAUAAAACGCCAUAACCGGCAGAAGUGUACAUGCGAUUCAAAAUUUUCUGAAGUUAAGUUACGGCCAAUUCCUCGAGAUUGAGGUCGAUUUUCGGUCCGUGCACUCGAUGAUGAAACCGACACGGUCCCUGCCCCGGGCUGUAACAAGCCCGGUGCCAAGAAUAAAGGGACACGGCAUUUCGGCAUUAGCAGCUAGCAGUAAGCGAAUAGACAGAAGGAAGUAGACAGCCUUCGAGUGGUUGUUGCGUCGAGUGUUCCUCGACGAUUUCAGACCGACACCGUUUCAGUCGUGUGUAAGCAGCCGACCGUUGAACGUGCGACCGCAAGAACGGCGACGAUCGACGGCAUCAUCCAUGGGUUAUCGGCAUACGUUUUCUUUCAUUAUUUGGACAUAAUUGAGUCGAACAGUCGAAUCGAUCACAAAGAAAGAUGGAAAUGAACAGCAAUCCGAUUUCCGUGAUCUCGCCAAAGAAGAACUCUAUUCAUGGCGAUGAAACAACUCUCAAGCAGCCACAUGUAAAUAGCGGGACCUAUGGAGCGUUCCAAUCGAAGGAUCCCAUUCUGACGAUAGAGAAGAACAGCGAUACCAUUAAGGGCGGAAAUAAUGAGCACGGUAUCACUGUGCACCAUCCCACCUCGUACCUGGAAACCAUGAUGCAUCUGUUCAAGGGUAACGUCGGUUCGGGAAUCUUUGCGCUGGGAGAUGCUUUCAAGAAUGCCGGAUUGUUGUUGGCACCCCCGCUGACGAUCUUCCUUGGUAUCAUUUGCGUGCAUGCUCAACAUAUUCUCAUUAAAUGCAAUGAGGAGGUGACGCGUCGUGUUGGCGAUGGCACCAACACGAGUGGAUUCGCCGGUACUGUGGAGAUGUGCUUCGCUACUGGUCCCAUCGGAUUUCGUAAAUAUUCGACUUUUAUGAGAAAGUUGGUUAAUGUGUUUUUGUGUGUCACGCAACUCGGAUUCUGCUGCGUAUAUUUCGUUUUUAUUUCCACGAAUAUGAAACAGGUGCUGGACGCACACGGGAUCGAGAUGGACGUUCACGAGCACAUGGCCGUCGUGUUGGUUCCCAUAAUGCUUAGUACCUGGAUCAGAAAUCUCAAGUAUCUAGUGCCGUUGUCCUCGAUAGCGAAUUUCCUAAUGAUCUCUGGUUACAUCGCCACCAUGUACAUCAUGAGUUCCGACGUGCCGUCCAUACGCGAGAGAAGAUACGUCGCGGAUUGGAACAAUAUACCUCUGUUCUUCGGCACUGUGAUAUAUUCCUUUGAGGGUAUUACUCUAGUACUGCCACUGAAGAAUGAAAUGAGGAAACCUAGCAACUUCAACAAAUCGCUUGGUGUUCUCAAUGUGGGUAUGGUGAUAGUCGGCUCUAUGUUCGUCGCAAUGGGUUUCCUGUCUUAUUUGAAAUACGGUGAUGAAAUUGCCGGUUCGGUCACGCUCAAUCUUGCACCAAAGGAAAUGGUGGACGGAAAAGUCAUCUACAAUCAAUUAAGCUUGCCGCAAUGCAUCAAGACCGCCAUCUCUUUGAGCAUAUUGCUUUCCUACGCGCUGCAGUUUUACGUCCCGAUCGCGAUAAUGUGGCCCGGCAUCGUUGACAAAUUCGGUCCAUUUAAAUGGCCAGUGUUCGCGGAGAUCAUUUUCCGUUCCGUCAUGUGCUUUGUUACAUUUAUUAUGGCAGAGGCGGUACCAAAAUUGGGGCUCUUUAUAUCCUUGGUUGGCGCGGUCAGUAGUACUGCUCUUGCUCUCGUAUUUCCGCCGAUCAUCGAGAUGAUCGUCUACUGGCACAACACCAGUCUCGGCUUUUUCACGAUUGCAAAAGACGUGAUGAUAGUGCUGAUCGGAGUAUUGGGUUUUGCCACUGGAACAUACGAGAGCCUGACGUCAAUCAUCAAGUCGUUCAGCAGUUAAAUUAAACGCGCUCCAGGCGGGUUCUGUGUACAAAUUAUUCUUAAUUUCUCUCUCAUGAAUGCGCGCGCGCGCGUGCGAGUUUAAUGGACCAUGACACCUACGGUAUUUUUCGCGCGCGGAUCGUGCUACUCGCACACUUCCAAAAUUCUGCAUGCUCGUAGACGUCGGUCGUGUCUCGCUCACCGUCGACAUUUAGCCAUUUUAACAUAACGAUAAUAAUUUAUGUGUGAUAUAUCGAUAGAUGUAGUUGAUAAGAUGCAACGUAGGUUGUGGACACCCAGUGAUUGUUAAUAAUAAUCAUUCAGACAACACAAGUCUCCUGCGCGAGUCUCGCGCUGUUUGGAUUGUGCUUUAUUUGUGCGAUGAAUUUACGCGAGUUAACUUGGGCUUUCACUCGUAAUAAUGAAUUGAAUUAGUACAGUAAUCUAUAUGACGCAAAACGUGAAAAUAAAAAUACUUUGACCCCUUUCGCCAUUGUGUACGUAGAUUUUGCAGUAGCAAUGCAGAUUGACAAGUACGAUUUUUAACUAGUACUUGUCAUACAUUCACAUUAAGUGAUUUAACUUAGCGAAUUGUACGUGCUCUAAUCGCCUAGAAAUAGUACACGGAUUGUUAACUAACGAGACUAGUCGAUCAUAGUAUCCAGUAACUGAAACAAUUAUUAUGGAUUAAAAGAAAAUAUUUAUAUGCUAAUUAAAUUUUCGAAGAAAAUCUUAAGCCUUGUGUUCACGAUACUAAAAAUCGAUCUGAGAUUUCAAACGGAGAGAGAUUUGAUCAAUUAGCCGAAUUGUUCAAAUGCAAUUAGCCAAGUCUCUUUUUAUCCGAGAAUUGAGACUAAUUUCUAGCUUCGUAAACUUUAGAAUAAUUGACCAUCUAAUUAACAUUUACAAAUAAAUAAAUAAAUAAAAUUAAUUAAUAAAUCUAAAAACAGUAAAAUAUUUGGUACUGCAUGUUACUGCAAAGGAAACUACACGUCUCGAAUAUCAAGCAAUUGUAUUAUUUUUUAUUCAAAAAGAUAAAAUUUGUGACCAUUUGCGACGAGGACAUACUUUGUCUAAAUGGCUUUGUUUGUAAUUAAGCAUUGUAAUAGCGUAACUAUAUAUUUAUUUAUGUACCUUAGAGUUAGUUUCACCAACAUUUCGAUUAAACAUUACUUAUAAUCCCUUUUCUUGAUCUAUAGAUUUAAAGAGGAAAAGAUUUGAGAGAGAAAAAGAAAGAGAGUAGGUCGGUUAAAAUAAUAUAGGUGAAACUAAUUCUCUUCCACGUGAUCGAUAUUUAUAAGAAUACGUUAACAAAAAGAGAUUGUAUAUUGUAUAUCGUAGUUUUACUUUAUUGUUAAACUUUUUAUAUAUUCGUAGCGGCGCUUAUGAUACGAAACAUAAUGAACUGCAAACACAGAAUCUUAAAAAAAUGAAUCAUCGACUAUGUACAAUUUCGAUACCCUAUAUCAACUGAUGUAAAAUUAAUUUCCCCAUACUAUUUGGCGAGGAUCCUUCGUAAAUUUCCAAAUCCUGUCUGUAUAUAUUAUACAUACAGUUAAUUUAUUUAUUAUAAGUUAUAACUAUGUCGGCAAAAAAGAAACGAUAUCAAUCGUUGAACGUGUCAAAAUGUUUCUCAUAGGAAAAGUCCAGAUCUCUCAAACGAGAUUGAAACGAUUUUCCACCUCUACGUAAGUAAUGUAUAUCUGUGCAGUAUUAAUGAAAGUUGGAACGAGGGAAAUACUCAUUAACGAUAGGAUGGUAUAUAUGUGCAUAUCAAUUGACAAUAAGAGCAGUACAAUGUUAUCGCGCUUCGUAUUGUCGAAGUACAAAACCCACUCAGGGAAAUUUAUAUUAAAGUAUAUAUUUUUUCCUUAAUAUAUUUUAACAGCAGCGUGUAUAAGACGUCUUUCUCUCAGCGAGACGCUGAGACUGAUGGAAGAGAAAGAGAUAUCAAUAAACAUGUGGCACAACGAA